GUUGUAAUAAAAAAAACAAACACGUGCUUUGUCUGCUGCUUAUCAUUUCUAAUCAAUUUGUUAUUGAAAGAUUUACUUGGAAAUCUUAGAAGAUAUUUAAAAGAAAAAAAAAUCAUGGAACAUAAGGAAUAUGUUGAGACAGGUGCAGAUGAUGAGAAAUUGAUUUCUCGAAGUACAAUUUUAAGGGUUGUUCUGGAAAUUCAAAAACAUUUUCUUGAAGGAAAAUCCAAAGAGAGAAAAUCUAUCUUUGACGCAGGUUUUAAAUAUUCAUUGCAAAUAGUUCUUCUUAAAAUUCCCCAAGGAUCGGGGUCUCUUAAAAAAAUGUUUCUACCUCAUUCUUUAAUUGAUGAAACAGAUGAAGUGUGUCUUGUAGUAAAAGAUCUCGAGCGUGGAGCAAAGAAGGAUUUUUCAUUAACAAAAGACCAUUUUGAAGAAAUCCUCAAAUUUUCUGGAGUAACAAGGAUAAAUCGUGUGAUACCUUUAAAUGAUUUAAGAAUAAAUUAUGGAUCAUUUGAAGCUAAAUUAAAGCUCUGUCAGAGCUUUGAUGUAUUUUUGGUGGAUUCGAGAAUUUACAAUCACACUAUUAAGCUCUUUGGGAAGCACUUUUUGAAGCGAAAGCGUCUACCACUACCUGUUGAAAUGGAUUGUGGUGAUAUAAAUCAGGCGAUAAUUAAAGCUCUGAGAUAUACAAUUUAUCGACAAAAUAACACGGGAAAUGUUAUUGCAAUAGAUGUGGGAAAUCACUGGAUGUCAGCGGAAAAUAUCACUGAAAAUAUUUCCAAUGUAAUCUCUCAAUUGAAGGGUGAUGGCUUGAAUGGAUGGCAGAAUAUUCGGAGUAUCUACGUAAAAACAACUCAGGAUUAUCCUUUAUCAAUUCCAAUUUACCUCAGUGAUGCCACAGGAGAAGAUAUCUGUGUACCAGAAGCGAUUAAUCAGAAGGAUUUAGUUCUCUCGAAGAAGCGAAAGCAAGUUAAUUCAGUUUUGGAAAAUGAAGGAUUUACCAAAAAAGGAUUCUUUACAUCUAAAAUAAAUUGUUAAUGACCAAAGAGAGAUUUUUUCCCAAAUAAAAAGAUUUAAAAGUAAUCACAAAAAGAUCUUUUAU